AUGGCAGAGCUGGAGCCGCACGGCAUAGCGCGCCUGGUAGUUGAGGAGUGGAUAUUCAUCUCAUUAGCAUUUUACAUCGCUGGGUAUGCGCGGGUGAUAAGACAAAUUUUAAGCUUUCGCACAAGACGCUCCGAAGACUCCGUGCACUAUCCCUACUCUAGCGCCCUGCUCUUUGCGAUCGUGACACUGAGCUACCUUCCAAUUAUUACAUACAUGUUUCUAAACUUACUGCAGAAUGCUGGGGUCUUUAUCUCCGAGAUGUUUUACUACUAUAUUAGAACGAUAUUUCUUUUUAUCGACAUUUUCCAGCCCAUCUUUCUCUGCCUCCUGUUUACUUCAUUUGCCUUUUCCCCCGUACAUGCAACCUUCUACGCAAAGCUCUGCAUUCCCCCACUUUGUGUGAUCUAUUUGCUGGGUCUCAUCUAUGAGUUUAACUCCGAGCCAAACUACGUCUCUACCUCUUCCGGAUACACCAGCAAUGUACUUAUACAUGCUCUUUCCGUUGUCGCUGUGUUCAACAUAAUCAUGACAAUCUUCAUCAAUUGCACCGUGCGCAGCAGGUUCCUCAAGGUUCUGGAGUCCACUGUGACAUCGCGGAAGUGCUUAUAUAUGCUGUGCCAAGAAUCAACUUUUACGAAGUGGACAGAAAAUCUGCUGGAAGUAAUUACUGUCCUUAAUGUGAAAUAUCUUUCAGUGACGCUACUGACACGUUUCCUUACCUUCCUCAAUGUAUUUCUACCGGUUAAGGUGUAUCAAAAGAUAUGGAUUUUCGCUCCCCUAGCCAAUUUGGUGACCUGCACAAUAACAUUUGAACCCGUUGUGCGACCCAAGAUGGCGGCCAGGUUUUGCGAGAUCUUGUUCAAUAAGCGCUCAAGACACCUCUUUAAUAUAUACAUCACACAGACGGGAGCGGGCAAUCAGCAGUUAUUCUUUCUUACUGAUGCAGCUGCAUAUCAAAAUGAAGUAGCAGUGGCGACAGAUACGACUCAAAUGAAAGACAUUCUGAUUCGUGUCUACUACGCCUGGUUUAUAAAAACGCCUAUCUUCUCUACAGAGAUAUACAAUUCGGUGACUGAAACAGUUAUCUCCCUACUGUCUCUGCCCCACUCUGACGGAGAUCUUCAGGGGUACAAAAAACUAUUCAUCCGGUGCCUAAGGGACGCAGAGAUAAGCGUGUCGCAUUACAUAUCACAUAUCCUCUUGGAAAAGUACCAGCGUUCGCGCAUCGGCUUCAUGGAAUAUGUCUAUAACACCUUUUUCUGUCUUGCAAAGCCGUGCCGGAGCGACAAGAUGGCAGAAGACUUGAUAACAAAUGUGUUUGCAUUGAAGCGUGACGCAGUUGAGACCAAGGAGAUAGUCGACACGGUUACUUCGAAUCCAUACACGAUAAUGCACAUACCCAACAUUAUAGCUCUCUAUUUGCCAGCACACGAGAUCAAUUAUACCCCCUCUGGUGAUAUAAAGCCACCGCUACAGUAUAAAUCUAGGUUUUUAGUGCAAGAGACCCAUCAGCAGCUUCUGGCCCUGUCCAUCGAUCUUCUGAACACAGAUGCUAUCACGAACUCGCAGAAAAAGCUGAUCAGACUGUAUCUGAAAGAAAUGUUCAUGAGACAGAUACAGCACCAACUCUUUGUUCGAGACCAGGAUAUUCAUUUGGAGACAAUCCACUACUUCUUUGGUCAUCUAAUAGGAAAGAGGAACAACGCAUCUCUCAGAAAUCCUUUGCUGAACAAGUAUGACGACAGGAGCAGGAAGGAGACGAUGAACAUUAACAACUAUUUGUCAGACCUUCGUUCAUCGGUCACUCAUAUAGAGCAGAGUAUUGAUAAUGCCGUCGACGCCUUCUUGUCCGGUACGUUUUGUGCGCGGGAUUCUAUAACAGACGAUGGGGGGCAUCUGUCCUACUCGCUCGUUCGUGACAGCUUCAGUGCAGACGACAUGGUCCGACAAGCUAAGAUAGGCCAGCGCGUAAAGGUACGAGGACAGUAUCUUGCCUGCCCAACGCCUCAGAUACCGGAGAAGAAUUACAAGACCAUCGAGGAGCUUUCUGCCAGUGAAAAGGCGUUUUUAAAGUCCAUUAUUAUUUCUAGAUCAAAAAUAGUCGACACAGAGCAUUUUAUAAUGAAAAUCAAUGAAGAUGUGUAUAGCCAGUACCCUCAUAGCUUCUUUUCUCAAGGAUGCGAAGAUUACCAGGAUUACACAACUGGAACGCUUUUUCCAGCCAAGGUAAGCAAGAACUUCAAGAAGAUGACCAACGAGGCUAUGGCCUCUUAUUGGGCUAAUAUCAUUUUGAAUGGAAGUGUCUCAGAUGAAAAGUUGGAGGCAGAGAGGCCCGAGAAGCUAGAACAUACGUUGUACACGUUUAGGAGUAACGUGUCAAACCAUAAAAAGCUCUUCAGGCUUCUUUUUUCCUGUAUUCAAUACUUUGAGUUGUCGCACUAUAAGAUACCUCCCCAGUCUCUCUCAGAUCUUUGCUAUAAGCUCACGACCAAUGAGGUUUCCAGCACCUACUACUGCAGCUCACGGUCUAUCCUGGUUCUAAGGCAAGUAUUCAUCUUUCUAGCCAUGCUCCAAAAAGGCUCUCACGGCCUGUUGUCAGACGCACAAAUUCUAGGCCUGCUUUUAGGGGCAGCCUGUUCCUACUUCAACCAUGUUGCAUACACAGAGGAUGGCGUCAUUUCGUCCCAGCAGUGGCUCGCAGGCGUGUACAAUGACAGAUCGCCGAUAAUGAACUACACUGCUGCCUCUGGGUGGAUUCUGAUGAGAGAAUCCGGUGUUCUCAUUAAUAUCCCACAGUCUACUUGCAGGAUAAUCCGUACGGUCUACAUAAACUUCUUGCGCGCCAUCUGUAAGAAGGCGCUUGUGAGCAGCUAUGUCCAUCUGCUGUCUGAAAUGGAGCAUCCUAUUAAGAAGGACACUGUAUGUGAUUUUUCUAUGCGGGUGUGCCUCCUCUAUGCUGCAAUUGUGGCUCAAUCUGAUCAGCUGUCGAAUAAGUCCAAUGCUAUCUACUUGUCCCUCCUCAAUUAUGCAGAAAAGAGACAUGAGGAACAAAUUCUUACGUACUCGUUAUACACAGACGAGUCGUACCUCAUUCGCAUUACGCCCUAUAUGGAUCUUCUUCCACCAACAGAAUAUGCCAAAUCUCUACAUGUAUUCUCGCCCCCGUUGGAUCUAAUCGAGCAGGCUCUAGUAGUUAUUGGAAAUGUUCUAGAAGUACCGGUGGACUCGUGGCUCAAAGACAUAGAGUUCUUGAGCAAAGACCUUCGGUCCGUUGGGAGGCUCUGGGCAAACAUUCUUCUUCGCAAGUAA